AUGAAGUCUAUAACAGUAAAAAACUUUACAGAUGUUUUCCCAGGAUUUGUGCAGGAUCUCCAUGAUGCCAGUUACAUUGCCAUUGAUCUUGAGUUUACUGGCAUUGACCGCAAGGCAGAGGUGGACUAUUUAACUUCACCCAAAAAUGCCUGUGAGGAGAAGUUAAGAGCCGCACGUCUGUAUAGUCCCAUGCAACUAGGGAUUAGUAUAUUCCGCGGUGAUGCCUUAUUAGACGAUGUUAAUAAUAAUAAUAAUAAUAAUAAUAAUAAUAAUAAUGCCGCUGCUGCCGCUUCUUCAUCAUCUCAUUAUUAUCCCUCUGUUGUUGUUGGAAUGGGAACAGCGGCAUCAUCGCAUCGUUCGACCGGAUUGUGUGCGUCUGCGAGUUACCGUGAAACGAUGAUAAGAGAGGCGAUGGCCUUUCGUCCAUUAGAACCCGCCGCAAAGGCAAUUGGGCCAAUAGUUCAUUCCAUCGCACAGAAUGGAGUAGUCAGAACAGAAGAUAUUGAAAAACUGCGGCAACUUUUACAUGAAGUACAGCAAGAGUCUUCCAUGACAAGUAAAACUUGCGUGUACGAUCAUCUCUUUUCUUUUUUAGCUGAAGAUGAGAUUCGUGAAGCUAUUGUAAUGGUUGAGAGAUGGAAAGAAAAUAUUGAAAGUGGGGCACGUCACUUGUUUGUUCGAAACUACAGUUGUUAUUUAAUUCCUGCUGUUCGUGAUAAUGAUGUGGACCGUGAUGUGGUACUCUCUGUAGAAACCGUGGCAUUUCUACAAAAGAACAAUAUGGAUUGGAACAAGUGGAUUGGCGAAAGUCUUCCACUUCUUUCAUUAGAGGAUUACGCCGCCGCACGAACUGCCGCACAACAAGGGAUUGUGAAUACAAAAAGUAUCUCUAUAGUGGAUGAGGCAUUAAUAUCUCUGAGAGAGUGGAUAGAUUCCCUUCCGGAUUUCCUUAUACAGAUGAAAUUAUCUGCACAGUACUCCCGCAUUGAUAAUCUUGUGCGUACAGGUGCAUUGGGUGAAGCGGUCCCAGUAGAUUUUCCUUUUAUCAAGCCUCAGGAGAAUGCCAAACUGUGUGAACUUCUACGUGCUUUGGGAUUACGAAAAACAGGGAGAACGCUUACAAAAUUUUCACUUCUCUCCAAUACAAGGAAAAGUUCUAGUGGUAGUGUAUUGGCGUGUGAAUCUCGUUUCUUUGGGGCACGCGUGUUAGAAGCUUUAGUGAAUGCCACCCGUCGUAAAAAGAAACCACUCAUUAUUCACAAUGGAUUAUCCGAUUUGGCCUUUCUCUGUUGUGCCAUGCAUAAUAACCCACCAAAGAUGGAAAGAGAAUUAAAAAUGAUGGUAAGAGAAAUGUUCCCACUAUUUUACGAUACCCGAACACUUUGUUGUGCCCCAUCCUUACAACAUAUUCCUAACGUCACUGGUCCGUUGGUAAAAGUUUACAAUCUUUUCAAGAAUCAAAAUAACACAGCCGUGCAAGUCUCUCUCGACACAUUCUUUGUAAAAAAUCAAGGAGAGGGAUUAAGUAUUAGGGAACAUGAUGCGGCCUUUGAUGCCUUCACGACGGGAUCUCUCUUUGCAUUUGUACAGGAUGAACUUCGAAAAGUCGGUGUGGACUUUCAUCGACUGCGGUGUAUUACGCCUAUUUACGGAUCUGUCUUUUCCGUCCAGUUUGAAAACAACGAGGUGGAUUGUAUUAUGCAGAAUCCAUCCGCACCUAUGUAUGCGAUUAAACGACAGCCGCAUGUUCCUUUGAAUAUAGAAGUACUUCGAGAGAAUAUUUCAAGUAUCACGCGAUCUAUAUCGGUUAUUUAUAACCCAGAGAUUUGCUUUAUUACUCUUGGAAAUAAUGCCUUAUCGAAUGCAGAAGAACAGAAUCUGGAGACAUCUAUUCAAUUCUGGUGUACAAAUAAUGGAUUUACAUUCCAGCGUCUUGAUAUUGUCUCUCGUAUGCGUGAGUAUGGUAUUAUGCCCUUCAUCUAA